CCUCUGUUUUCUACAGCUCAUCUUCCUCUCUGUUGUUCUCUCAGUCCAUCAGGUGGAGGUGGAGGAGGGGGCGGAGUCUGUCCUGCUGCCGUUCAGAACAUCUGGGCUGCCAGGAGAUGCUGGAGUGUUCUGGUGGGACAAAGACAGUUCCAGGGUCCAUUUGUUUGAGAAUGGUUCUGAUCAGGAUGAAGAACAAGACCAGCUCUACAGAAACAGAACCAAGAUGGAAGAAGGUGCGCUGAGAUCUGGAAACGUCAGUCUGACUCUGAUGAAUCCCACAGAGGAAGACAGUGGAGAGUACAGAUGUAGAGUCAAGAAGAGUGGAGAACUGCUGAGAGCUAAAAACAUUCAUCUGACAGUCAAAGUCCAUCAGGUGGAGGUGGAGCAGGGGGUGGAGUCUGUCCUGCUGCCGUUCACAACAUCACCUGGGCUGCCAGAAGAAGCUAGAGUGGUGUGGAUGGACAAAGAAGACAGGAAGGUUCAUGUGUAUAAGAAGGGUGAGAACGGUUCUGAUCAUCCUAAAGAACAGGAUCAGCUCUACAGAAACAGAACCAGGAUGAAAGAAGACCUGCUGAGAACUGGAGACCUCAGUCUGACUCUGAUGCGUCUCACAAAUGAAGACAGUGGAGUCUACUUCUGUAGAGUCUUAACGGACAGCAGAUUAAUGAGAAGGAAAACAGUUUAUGUCACAGUCAAAGCAGGGAGAGUUCAGGACCAAAACCAACCACUAGAACCAGCUCCACUGACCCGACUCCUCUGAUGGCUGAUCAAUCAGUCUGAUCUGUUCGUUAAUCAAUGAUUUGUUCUUGAUCUAAUCGGACCUUGGUUCUCAGUGAUGGUUCUGAUGGAUGAAGAACAGUGGACUCUUCAUCAGCUGCUGCCUCUGGGUCCAGACUGCAGACUCUGUAUUGAUCAGGAUUCUGACAGCAGAAUCUGACCCAAACUGAGAGUAAAACAGUCAGGAGGAUGUUUCCAGUCAGAGACCAGAACCAUCUUAGGUUCUGUGUGUCCUGAUGUCAUGUUGAUCUGCUGCACUGCUUUGGGACGCUGUAAAAACCCAGGAUUUCUCGGCCUUUUUAUUGAAUAAAGCUGGAUGUUUAAGGGAUUCCAGCAGCUCCUCGCUGUUUUCUGGACCAUCUGACUCAUUGUUAAACUUUAA